AUGACCGACUUUGCCCAAGAGCGCCCUUCCCUUCGCUCGCGAGGCGCCUCGCACUUGAAGCUGAAUCUCUUGCAGCAGCAACAUCCACUCGAUAUGGGCUUUGAUGACCGUGAUAUGGAUAUCGAUUUGGAUGAGAUGGUUGGCUACGAUACCUCGCUGCCCUCGGUGCAUUCCCUGUCCAAGAACGCCACCUCGACUACGGCCGAGUCAGUCGUCCCCUUUGUGAGUGCACACCCAAGCCCUGAAGUGAGCGAUGAGAGUGAUGGUGAACGCGAACGCGAACGCGGUCUCAGUCUCUCGUCCAAGGACGAUCCAUCCAUCAAUGAUCGUCGUCAACCACAAGCACCUUCGUCUUCUUCAGCCAUGCCUUCCCCCGUUGCAGUCCCCGUUGCAGUCAGCAAGAACAAGUCGAGUGGCCGCAGGAGCUCGCAUUUGCACCACCACACACCCGACGCUGAAGAGGACCUCUCCUUCCACCUUCUCCUCUCGCCCAUCCCUAUCCCCCAGCAACAGCGCUCCCACCACGCCAGAAGGACUCCUCCUCAGAGUCCAUUCAACUCCUUUUCAAACUCGCACUCCUUCAAGCGAUCCUCCUUCUCUUCCAUGUCCAUGCAGACUCCACCCGGAUCCGCCACUGCUGCCUUCCCGGUCCCUUGCUCAGACUCGGCCCUCGUCGACGAACUCAUUCGCAACAAUGUCCGCCAGCAUAUGAGGUCACACGCCACCGAAAAGGCUUACUUCUGGGCCCUCGGAAAGCUCAGCGAGUUCUCCUUUUCGGACCGAUUUAUCCGAUCUCCCGUCUUUGACAUCAAGGACACCGCACCUACAGCAGGACUUGCAGCACCCAUCGCCACCAACAGCACUAACAACAGCGACGCGUCGUCUAUUCCAACCGACAGUGUCUUGCAGUCUCAGGCUGGGCCAGUCAAAUCAUCCUGGCGCCUUCGUCUCUAUCCUCAUGGCCGAGGUGAUCGCCACCGUGAUAGCGAGUAUGUUGGACUUUACCUUCAGCAGGAGAACACUGGACCCGUCACGAACCGACGUUUAUCUGUCAUCCCCGGCGCAAACGCCAACAACGCCGCAGCGGUAGCAGCCUUUAGCAGCUCUGUCCCUGCCCCGUUCACUUCGCGGUCGUCUGUCUCGUCUGGCUCUCGACGAUCUGUCUCGGGUAUGUCGUUGCCCAUGACUCGACGCCACGUCACGUUGUUUGUUGCCACCGAGGCAGGCGACUGUAUCGCUAAGCAGGAUCUUGUCGAGUGGUUCUCUGGCAGCGAGGGUGGCCUUGGGUUCCCUAGGUUCGUGUUGAGGAAGAGUGUCUUGGAUGUGGUCAAGAAGCAGACGAUGUUCUUUGAUGAUGAGGACGAGGUGGAAGGGGAGAUGAACAUUGUUGCAGGAGUUAUCUUCCAUGAGCUGUGA